AUGAGUACAAAGGGAAAAGGAAAGACCAAGAAUGGGAGAGGUGAUACCCAUGCAAAGAAUGAAAGAAUUGCCAUUGUGUCAGUUGACAGAUGUAAGCCAAAGAAAUGUAAACAAGAAUGUAGAAAAAGUUGUCCUGUUGUCAAGACUGGGAAAUUGUGUAUCGAGGUUACCCCUGCUUCCAAAAUUGCCUUCAUUUCAGAGACUUUAUGUAUUGGUUGUGGUAUUUGUGUUAAGAAAUGUCCAUUUGAUGCUAUAACCAUUAUUAAUUUACCUACCAACUUGGAAGGCGAAACUACUCAUAGAUACUCAGCUAAUUCCUUCAAGUUGCAUAGAUUGCCAACUCCAAGACCAGGUCAAGUGUUAGGUUUGGUUGGUACCAAUGGUAUUGGUAAGUCCACGGCAUUAAAGAUUUUGGCUGGUAAACAAAAACCCAAUUUAGGUAGAUAUGAUGAUCCUCCAGAUUGGGAAGAGAUUUUGAAACAUUUCAGAGGUUCUGAAUUGCAAAAUUAUUUCACCAAGGUGUUAGAAGACAACAUCAAGGCUAUCAUCAAACCUCAAUAUGUCGAUAACAUUCCUAGAGCUUUAGCCAAAUCUAAAGUUAAACAAGUCGGUGCUAUUUUGGAAUCCAAAAACGAGAGAAAUGAAGAUUACAAUUACAUUUUGAAUGUUUUGGAGUUGAAGAACGUUUUAAAUCGUGAAGUUGAGAAUUUGUCGGGUGGGGAGUUACAGAGAUUCGCUUUGGGUAUGACCUGUGUUCAAGACGCCAAUGUUUAUAUGUUUGAUGAACCAUCUUCAUACUUGGAUGUGAAGCAAAGAUUAAGAGCAGCAGAAAUCAUUAGAUCGUUGUUAGAUCCUACUACUUAUAUUAUUUGUGUGGAGCAUGAUUUAUCUGUUUUGGAUUAUUUGUCUGAUUUUGUUUGUAUCAUUUACGGUGCCCCAUCAGUGUAUGGUGUGGUCACAUUACCAGCAUCUGUCAGAGAAGGGAUCAAUAUUUUCUUGGAUGGUCAUAUCCCAACUGAAAACUUGCGAUUCAGAACCGAAUCCUUGCAAUUCAGAUUGGCCGACGCUGCCGAUGAUUUGAUUUUGGACAAGUCUAAUUCUUUGGAAUAUCCAAGCAUGCAAAAGACCCAAGGUGACUUUAAAUUGCGUGUAGAAGCGGGUGAUUUUACAAAUUCAGAAAUUUUGGUUAUGAUGGGUGAAAAUGGUACUGGUAAGACCACUUUCUGUAAGCUUUUGGCUGGUGCCAUUGCACCAGACGGCAACCAAGAAAUACCAAAAUUGAAUGUCUCAAUGAAACCACAAAAGAUUGCUCCGAAAUUCACAGGUACAGUAAGGCAAUUGUUUUUCAAAAAGAUCAGAGCUGCCUUUUUGCACCCACAGUUUCAAACUGAUGUUGUUAAACCAUUGAAGAUUGAAGAUAUUGUCGACCAAGAGGUACAAACAUUGUCUGGUGGUGAAUUGCAAAGAGUUGCUAUUGUGUUGGCUUUGGGUAUUCCGGCUGAUAUUUACUUGAUUGAUGAACCAUCGGCUUAUUUGGAUUCUGAGCAACGUAUUAUUUGUUCUAAAGUUAUCAGAAGAUUUAUCUUGCAUGCCAAGAAGACCGCCUUUAUUGUCGAGCACGAUUUCAUUAUGGCUACCUAUUUGGCCGAUAGAGUAAUUGUUUUUGAAGGUCAACCUUCCAAGGAUGCCGUUGCUAGAAGCCCAGAGUCCUUGUUGACUGGAUGCAACCGUUUCUUGAAGAAUUUGAAUGUCACUUUCAGAAGAGACCCUAACUCCUACAGACCAAGAAUUAACAAAUUGGACUCUCAAAUGGAUAAAGAACAAAAGGCUUCUGGUAAUUACUUCUUCUUGGAGAAUACCGAAUUGUGA